UUUUAACUGUUUCAGUCAGACACAAGCUUCUCUGAAAAUUUAUUUUAGUUAAAAAUCUGUGAAGGUUUUGUAAAUAUUGACUGUAGUUUCUUCAUUAUUAUAAUUAUUUUCUUUUCUGUCAUUUUAAGAGCUGACACGUGCCCUCAAUGUUGUUUUUUGUAAAAUGCAGUGGCAAGAUGGCACCUACAGGUGGAGCUUCAUGGAAAUCUGAACCCACUGAAGAAAAGCCCGACUUCAGGAUUGUUCUUCUUGGGAAAACUGGAGUCGGUAAAAGUGCAACAGGAAACAGAAUCACAGGGAAGAAAGCUUUUGAGUCUAAAGUCUCUUUUUCCUCUGUGACAUCAGUCUGUCAGAAGGAAACCAGUGAUGUUGCUGGUUUAAAUCUGGCUGUUAUUGAUACUCCAGGUCUGUUUGAGACUGAAAAAGGUAAUCAAGAGGUUGUGGAAAAGAUCGCUAGAUGCAUCAGCCUGGCGGCUCCUGGUCCUCAUGUCUUCCUGGUUGUGCUCCAACUGAACAAAUUCACUACUGAAGACAAAAAAAACACUGAAAUAAUUCAGACAAUGUUUGGAGAAGAAGCAGCCAGACACACCAUGGUCCUGUUUACCCAUGGAGAUGUGCUGAGAGAGGCAAACAUUAGAAUAGAAGAUCUGUUAGAAACAUCCCAACAUCUAACAGACAUCAUCAGUCAGUGCUCCAUCCUGGAGAAAUUUGAAGAUAAAUAUCAUGUUUUUGACAACAAAGUUGAGGAUCCUGGUCAAGUCAGUAAACUGGUGAACAAGAUCAUCAGAAUGGUUGAGAGAAAUAGAGGAAAUUUCUACACCAAGGAAAUGUUUGAAGAGGCACAGAGAGCAAACCAUGACGAAAUUAAACAACAGCUCCGAGAAAAUCCAGACGUUAAUAGUAGAGGGAGAGAUGGCAAAUGUGUUAUACAGUAAUGGUGUCUGUGUUGUUUUGGAUUAAACCUUGAUUUUCAUAAAUAACAAAAUAUUUACCAGUAAUAUGCAGACUUUUGAUCCAUCCGUCCGUCCGUCCGUCUGUCCAUCCUCUUCUUACACCUUUGUCCCUACUGGGGUCAGGAGGUGCUGGUGCCUCUCCAGUGAGACAUUUCAUGUGAG